AUGUGUUGGACACGUGUAGUGGCGAUAACGGGAUGCGACAGUGGUCUUGGCUGGGCUCUUGCGGCACGCUUGGCUCGAGAAGGCCUGGUCACGGUUGCAGGCAUGUUCAACGGAACCGACACAGAGGCUUCUCAUGCUCUAAAAAGCCUGUGUGCACAUCCUGAAAAACUCGACGUGACGAAUCCUGAAAGCGUUGCAAAGUUUUAUGACUACGUUAAGUGCCUUUUGGAAAGCAAUCCUAAAUAUAAAUUGUACGCGCUCGUCAACAAUGCUGGAGUAAUGACGAUAGCAGACUACGAAGUCCAGCCACCAGAAAUAUUUGAGAAGACCAUAAACGUGAACUUAUUAGGACCUAUGAGAAUGGUAUCGGCUUUUCUACCUGAACUUAGAAAAACCGCUUCUCAAGGUUUAAAUCCACGCAUAAUAAAUGUAGCGAGUCAUUGCGGUCUACAGCCGCUGCCUGGCUUCGGUCCGUACAGUGCAAGUAAGUCUGGAUUGCUGGCAUGGACGAGAUCCCUUCGUUUGGAACAUUAUGGAACUGGCCUUUCGGCUGUGGCUUUUAUACCCGGUACAAAGUUAAUUACCAAUGGCAAAGUUGAAGUUGGUGGCUUCGUUGGCGCAAGUAAUCUAAUUGCCAAUCAGAAAAGUCAAGAAAACAUUAUACUCAGUCAUUUAACAGAUGAACAGAAAGUUAUCUACGAGAAAAAAAUAAUAACGUUAAACAAUUAUUUGAGCCCAAGUUCUCAGAAACCUAGAUUUGACGCUGUAAAGGAUGAAACUAUAAUUGAAGCCUUCAUGAAGGCAGCCUUGUGUGAUAAUCCAAAACUUCAGUACAAAGUAGAAUCUUGGCGCUACAAAUUCUAUUACACCCUAUUUAAAAUACCGUUUCCUGAAAUCAUACAUCUUUGGUUAAUAAAGAAGUUCUUGAGAUUCCCUAAUUAA